AAACGCCCGGUGCGCACGGAACUCCUACAUAACAUCGACCCCAUAUGGAAUAUGUCGGCCAUUCGGUACUACGACUACAAACUGGUUAAGAGCACCGGACCCGUCAACUCGUCGGGUAUAGCAUGGCGUGACUCAUAUGAUUACGUGGACUCCACGGACAUCCGACUGACUCCCGAGGGCUACAAAUCACUGCAAACCGCAGACCGCAUGCAUAGCUCCGUGUAUAAGGUUUUGUCGCAAAUGAAUCGACGACCCGAUUAUAGGGUACUACAGUUAUGUCUGUUUGACAUACGGGACGAUCCGUGCGAACUGAGGGAUAUCCUACCGGAAACUGACCCCCACUUUAUACGAUUCCUAUGGAAUAAGUUGCUCGCUUAUAAUGCUACGUCGGUGCCACCGCUUACCCUGGUACCGAAAGACCCAAAUAGUGAUCCCAGACUUUAUAACAAUACCCUAACUAAUUGGCAACUCAGGGCCCUUUUCAUACCCAUGAACGGUGUCGGACAUGUAUACGCUUGCGUAGGCGUAGCGGAGGUACUCAUCCAAGCGGGAUAUACCGUCUCAUUCGCCGUCAACGAGCAAUGGAGGGGUCGGCUCACAAAACCCUGCUACACCUAG